AUGACUAGCAACAACCAGGGCAACAGCCUGAACCACCAGCACCUGCACUCGCCCUCCAAACUAACCGAAUUCGCACGCAACUUUGAGGACAAGCCGGAGUCGCUCUUCGGCCGGGUGGUGAACAAGAUCCAGAAUGUCUACAACCAGAGCUACAAUACGGUCAACGACAUAUCCAGCGGGAGCAGCAGCAGCACCAGCAGCAGUGCCCCAUCACAAGUGGUGGGCAAGUCGCAGUUUUUCAGUGAGCCCCAGCCGUCCAUCGCUGAGGUUGCGGAUGUGGAAACCUCAAGCUUGAGUUCGGGUCGCCCGCAGCCACCCACCACGCUUAGCUUAAGGUCCAACAGUGAGUCACGGAGCACGGGCACGGGCACCUCCAGCAACACCGCCGCCGAGGACUCCGAGGCCAGCGAGCGCGUCGGGGAGCUGCCCCUGCCGACCAGCGAAGCGAAUCAGGGGCGCACCGUUUCCAAUGUGCUCAAGCACAUCAGCAAUAUUGUGGCUACGAAGAACAAUAAUGAUCUGCGCAACUACAAGGACACGGAGCUGCAGCGCUUCUGGAUGCCCGAUUCGAAGGCCAAGGAGUGCUACGACUGCUCCCAGAAGUUUUCUACCUUCCGGCGAAAGCACCACUGCCGCUUGUGCGGCCAGAUCUUCUGCUCCAAGUGCUGCAACCAGGUGGUGCCCGGCACGAUCAUACACUGCGAUGGCGACCUCAAGGUGUGCAAUUACUGCUCCAAGAUAGUGCUCACAUUCCUGAAGUCCUCUAGCUCUGAGAUGGGCCAGGAUCUGCAGGCACUGCAGCAGCACUUAAGUAACAAACUGGAGGUUCAAGACAGUGGAACACCGCAUGCCAAGCAUCCGCAGCAGCAGAGGGCUCCUUUGUCGCGAAAGAUGUCAGUGGGCUACCAGGAGGAGCGGUUUAGCUCGCAUCCAACUUACACCACCCUCUCCAUAGACGACCGGAAGAACAUCUUGCAGCAGUCGAACUCUUUGAUUACCCUGCACGAAGAAAUGCAGCGCGACCUGCCGGCCCAGAACUGCGGCCAGCGCCUGAUCGAGUUCCUCAAUAGCAACAACAAAUCCGCAAACGAGGUGCAGGCAGUGGCAAUACUGAAUGCCAUGCUGGCCGCUGGUUUCCUGGAGCCAAUCGUUCCCGAUCCCGAGCAGAUGGAGUUCGAUCCUACGCUGCACUACAAGUUUUCCAAGAGCAGCAGCUCGGAUACAUCCCGCACGAUAAGUCCACAGUUCGAGGCGGCUCCCCAUGCGGAACCACAGCCGCCCAAGUCAAUGGAUCAGUCGGCCGAGGAAAAGGAGAAGGAGCUGGAAAACGAACUGGAGAACGAUCGGUGCUUCACCACAGCCACUUCGAAGCUGCUCGCCUCGUACUGUGAACACGAGGAGCAACUGCUGGCACAAAUGUUGCGCGCCCACGGCUUGGACCAGGAGUGGGACAAGGUGCUUCAGAUGCUCUGCUCCACGGCAGCCAAUCACUUCAAACCGGAGCAUUGCUCUAAUGACUUAAUGGACAUCCGCAACUAUGUGAACUUUAAGAAGGUGCCGGGUGGCAGGCGCAAGGACUCGAAAAUAGUCCAUGGAGUGGCUUUCUCCAAGAAUGUGGCCCACAAAGAUAUGGCCACGCAUGUGCCUUUUCCCCGCAUUCUGCUGCUGCAGUGCCCCAUCGUUUACGAGCGAAUCGAGGGCAAGUUUGUGACCAUCGAGACAGUUCUGCUGCAGGAGAAGGAGUACUUGCGCAAUGUAUGUGCCCGCAUCAUGAGCUUCACACCCAACGUUGUGCUCGUGCACAAAAACGUGGCGGGUAUUGCCCAGGAUCUCCUGAGAUCUUAUGGCGUAACACUCGUCCUGGAUGUGAAGCUCUCGGUAAUGGAGCGUCUGUCACGCACUCUGCAGUGCGACAUUGUUACUUCCGUAGAGUCGAAUAUAACCAUGCCCAAGCUGGGCGAGUGCAACGAUUUCUACAUACGCAACUAUAAUGGCAAGACGCUGAUGUUCUUUGAGAAGCUCACCAAUCCUCGGGGAUACACCUGUCUCCUGAGGGGUGGCAGCAAUGCGGAGCUCACCAGGGUCAAACGAGUGGCGUCGGCUCUGCUUUUCGCCCGCUACAACUGGCGCUUGGAGAUGUCGUUCCUGCUAAACGAGUUCGCCCAGCCGCUCAGUCCGAAGCCCUCGAUUUUCGACUCCAAGGAGACGAGUCCAAAAACAGAAACGGAGGCGGAACUUCGAGCUAAGCGACCUGCCAUUGUGGAGCGUAAGUCGGAGGAUAAGAUCACCACCAUUGUCAGUGAGAAUGUUUCGGAUUUCACGGAUCCCCUGCGCUCGUCCCAAGCCGAAGCCCUGUCCACCUCGCCAUGUGCUCCACCUGUGGUGGAGGCACUGGCUGUAGAACCUCGCUACGAUAACCGAUUCCGCACAGCUCUCAGCUCUACCCUGCUCUCUGUCAGUCCCUUCCUCACGUUUCCACUUCCCUAUUUGGAAACGGAGCAGGGAAGGAAAUGCAAGCUGCGCAAGCUCUUUCCGGCCGAGCUGUACUUCUCCAAGCAGUGGUCGCGCACGGGUCUGGAGAGGCCAGACAGCAUGGGAGACAGCGACACCAGAUCAGAGCCGGGAAACAAGGAAAACCAGCAGAUGCAGCUGCUUCCGCCCCAUGAGUUUGUGCAGAUGAAGAUCACGGCACCGGCAAGCAGCCGCGACAUUCAGUCCAAGCUGGCCGAAUUUCGAUCCUUUGGCGGCCGCUUACCCAAGGGCAAGGCUCCCAUGCUCCGACCCAAGAAAAAGAACGCAGAGGUUAUUCAGCGGCCGCAGAAGGUCAGUGAGGAGCAGCUGUACAAGGAUGCCCUGGACCCGCAGAACCACCAGCGGCUGCCAGUGCUCUUCUGCAGCUUCCACUACAAUCCCAAGGGCGUUUCGUCCUUCUGCAAGAUGCCCAUGCUGUUGGACAUGAAAUUCUACGGCCAAUACGAUAUUAUGCUGGAGCAGUUUCUGCAGCGCUACUGCUGUCUCUUUAACUCGAUGUGCCCGUCGUGCAACCUGCCGAUGCUGGGCCAUGUGCGUCGCUAUGUCCACUCGCUGGGCUGCGUCCAUGUCUACCUAACCGAGGACUUGACCCGUUCCGACCCGAAGCGCAUAUACUUCACCUCCUGGUGCAGCAUUUGCAAUGCCACCACGCCCACGAUUCCCCUAGCCGACUCUGCAAAGUGCCUUUCGCUGGCCAAGUAUUUGGAGAUGCGCUUCCAUGGCCACGCCUACAAGAGACGACCUCCUUCCUCGGAUACAGAGCAGGGUGGCAGUCCAUGCGAGCACUCCUUGCAUCGUGACUAUGUGCACCACUUCAGCUUCCGCGGAGUGGGCGCCAAGUUCCAGUAUACUCCCGUUGAGGUUUGGGAAACGGAUCUGCCCUCGCUGACUUUGCAACUGGAUCUGCCGCCACCCUUUCCCAGCUCCCAGGCCCAGGAGGAUAUUAAGAACUUCUCCGUGCGGGGUCAUGAGGUAUACAACCGGAUUCACGAGCGUAUUGCUGAUCUGGCCACCGAGGAGGAGAACUCGCCGCUGGUGCAGCAGCUGAAGACAAUGCUUACCCACGACCAGUUUAUCUUCAAGCAAAAGAUCGAAAUCGUGCACACGUUGCUCACGGACAACAGGGCCACUGCUUAUGACACCAGUGAUGCCAUGGCCAUGGCGCGGAGAGCUCUGGCAGAGAGCAUUGAGCUGUGGGGUCCGCGUCUGCAGGAGAUCGAGAAGCUGACCGCCAAGCAGGCGCAUCACAUUGACUCCGGUACCAUUUGCACGGAGGAACUAAGGCCAGAGCAGGUGCAGUCUGUGGAUCCUUCUAAAGCCUCCAGCUCUGCUUUGCCAAGGGAGAAUGAGCCCUUGGAGUGUCCCAGCGAGGACACAGAAGUUACUGCAUCCAACAGUCAAUUAGUUUCGGAGAAGAAGUUCAAUAUUGACCAGCUGCUAGCCUCUACCGUGAACGUCUACUCGGAUAAGAGGACUGUCAAGCAGUUCCUCACCCAGCUGCUGCCCUCCGCAAAUCAGGUGAAUCCUCUGCAGUCACCCUUUCCCGCUCAGGAUCACCUGACGCUUCCCAUGGGCUGUAUACCCAUUCACGUCAGGGAGACCGAUCUGAGUUCGGUGAUUGCUUAUAGUUUGACCUCGAUGGACUAUCAGAAGACAAUUGAUGAAGCGAAGGCAAACUCAAAUGCGGCUUCUGCCUCGGCUGCCCAUUCAAGUCCACAGCUGAAGCGCAAGAUUCCUCUGGCAGAGAGCAUCAGCGAUGCCGAGGACAGUCCCAGUCUUUCGCGCACUUCCAGCAACACCAGUGCUGCUCCGUCGGCUGCGCCUUCAGCAGUGGGAGCUUCCGAAACCGAGGAAAAGAGCAAGGACAGAGCAAGCACAAAGCAGCCGCCAAGUCCCCAUAUCACUCUGGCCUUCCAGGACCAGAGCUGCCAUUUCCAGUGUAAGAUCUACUUUGCGCGGGAGUUUGAUGCAAUGCGGUCCAAAAGCUUGAAGCCACCGAAGCUGGACAAAUCCCUCUAUCGCCGCCUGGAGAAGAGCAAGAUGCGCGAGGAGCUGAGAAUCUCACAGAGUCGCACCGGAUCAGAAAUGGAGCUGGUGCGCAAGCCCAGCGACGUUGGAGGACCCCGUGCUAAUGAGGAGGAAUCGAAUCUAGAGGAGGAUGCAAGGAUCGCUCUGGCGAGGAGCCUUUGCAAAAGUGUCCAGUGGGAGGCGAGGGGCGGCAAAUCGGGUUCCCGCUUUUGCAAGACGCUGGAUGACCGUUUUGUGCUCAAGGAAAUGAAUUCAAAGGACAUGACCAUCUUUGAGCCCUUUGCUCCGAAAUACUUUGAGUACAUAGACAGGUGCCAACAGCAGCAGCUGCCCACCUUGCUGGCCAAGAUAUUUGGAGUCUUCAAAGUCAGCGUGAAGAAGAAGGAUUCCUUUGUGGAGCGUUCGGUGAUGGUCAUGGAGAACCUGUUUUACGGCUGCGAAAUAGAAAACAAAUUCGAUCUUAAGGGCUCGGAGAGAAACCGCUUGGUGGAUCCCAGCAACCAGCAAGGCGAAAUUGUUCUUCUGGAUGAGAAUCUGGUUCAGAUGUCCUGGUCAAAGCCUUUGUAUGUGCUGUCUCACAGUAAAACAGUUCUUAGGGACGCCAUCCAGCGGGAUUCCUCCUUCCUGGAGAGAAAUCUCGUCAUGGACUACUCACUGCUGGUGGGUCUGGACAAGAAAAACAGCGUUCUCGUUCUGGGCAUCAUAGAUUACAUUCGCACCUUCACCCUGGAUAAGAAAGUGGAGUCCAUUAUCAAGGGAUCGGGCAUCCUGGGCGGCAAGGGCAAGGAUCCCACGGUGGUCAAUCCGGAGCGCUACAAGCAGCGCUUCAUCGACGCCAUGGAUCGCUACUUCCUCACAGUUCCGGAUCGCUGGGAGGGCCUCUCCAAGGUCUGAUCCACCCGGCACAACCCACCCACACAAAGAGCACACUUCAGUUAACACAACGUAGCUUUAGAAGCAAUAAAGUAGACGCCAAUCCCACUCAA